AUAAUAAAUCUAAAACUAUUGAAGAUUAUAAUUUAAUAAUUUUAGUUGAACUUUCAGAUAAAAAUUUACAUCUUAUGGCUUAUAACACUAUUUAUUGCUUAAUGAUACAUGGUCUAUGUGGUUCUGCUUAUUCUAAUGCCUCUUGCAUGCAAAAUGGAAAAUGUACUAAAAAGCAUCACU